UAUUGGAUCAUGGUAGUUCUUUCGAAAUGUUUGUUCACAUCUCCUGUUGUCCAUAUCAUCUAUCCUUCUCCUAUGGCAGACUUUCAGAGUCAUUUUUUCCGUGUUCGUACUCCUGUGUGGCGAUGACUCGUAAGUCUGAAUAUAGCUAGAAUCGAAACGUCAACUUUUGCCGAAUGAGAUGAGAGAAUUGGAUUGUCUCUCGUCAGAAGAGCAACUGGUUGUUGAGAAUCAGACGGACAACAGAUAAACGUUGUCGGCCAUUGACUGAUCUAAUUGUGGCCUCAAUUGCAUUUUUCUACCUGCCUCCAUUAAGUCCAGGUCCAUCGGUCAAGGACCAUGAGUUGAAUUACAGAAGUCAGGUGAGAGGAACUGCUGUUGACAAGAGUGUGGCAUCAAGGACCCCUGGCAAAACUGGAAUCGGGGGAAAAACUCUGUUGGUUGGAGUCAAACUUGGUACAAAGCGCGGUGGUGGCGGUGUUGUUGUUUUUGGAAGCCAGUUAUCUCAGUUCCAGGACAUCACUGCAGGGGUUAAUCAGGGUGGUGUCCUUGGCCCAACCAUCUGUAACUGCUUCAUCAAUGACCUUCCCUCCAUGACAUCAGAAGGAUAUUUGCCAAUGAUGACACAAUGUUCAGCACAGUUGUAACUUGGUACUGAAGCAUGCUAUGCCCAAAUUUAUAAAGACCUGGACAAUAUCCAGAUUUGAGCUGACAGGUGGCAAGUAACAUUCAUGCUACAAAUGCCAGGUAAUAACCUUCAAUAAGAAACAAUCUAAACACUGCCCUUGACUAUCAAUCAGCUACUAUCACUGAGUCCCACACUACCAACAUCCCAGGGUUGCUCAGAAACCCAACUGGUUUAGUCAUGGGAAUGCAGUAGCUAAAACAGCUGGACAAUGGCAAGGAUUAGUCCAGCAAGUAAUUAACUGUUGACUCCCCAAAGCCUGUCUGCCAUCCACAAGGCACCAGUUAGGAGUGUGAUGGAAUACACCCUAUUUAGGGCUGUACCCAUCCAGAUAACAACACUCAAGAAAUUUGUCACCGUUCAUGACAAAGCAGCCUACUUGAUUGGCAUCAGAUCCAUUCACUGUCUGUGCCACAGAUGCUCAGUAGCAAUAGUGUUUGUCAUCCACAUCCUAGAAGGACAAGGAUAGCAGAUAAGUGGGAACACCACCACCUGCAAGUUUCCCUCCAAGCCACUCACCAUCCUGACCUGGAAGUACAUCACUGUUCCUUCAUCGUCAGUGGGUAAAAAUCCUGGAAUUCUGUGCCGAAUGGCUUUGUGCACUGACCUACAGCACAUGGAUUGCAGUGGUUCAAGAAGGCAGCUAACCAUCAUCUUCUCAAGGGCAACUAGAGAUAGGUCACUCUACCUCUAUCUUAAAAUUAGUAAAUGACCCUGACUGCACUCUGGAGAGUAUUCUACAUAAUCAGUGUAAGUUGAGAGAAUGACAUUUUUCCCCAUCUACCACAAUGAGAGACCACUUAUCAAACCUACCAAAGAACUAUGGAUGCUGGAAAUCCUAAACAAAAACAAAAUUUGCUGGAGAAACUCAGAAGGUCUGGCAGCAUCUGUGGAGAGAAAGCAGAGUUAACAUUUUGGUUCAAGUAGCCCUUCAGAUCUUGGAGACCUCUUAUUUCUAAAUACUGUCUUUGAGUUCUAGUCUGCCCCACAAAGGAAACAUCCCUUUAGCAUUCACUUUCUCAAAUCCUCUCAGGGCCCAGUAAGGUGACCUCAUGCUUCUCAGCUCUAAUGGAUAAACACCCAGCCUGUCUGAUGAUAUCCCCUCUUAAGUGUGCACACUACUGCAGAUGUGGCCUUACCAAUACCCUGUAUAACUGAAGCAAAAUGCCCUUAUUUUUAUCUUCUAUACCUUUUGCAAUAAAUAAGAACAUUCAAUUAGCUUUCUUAAUUACUGCUGAACCUACAUACCAACUUUGUGAUUCAUGUAACAGGACACUCUGAUCCAUCUGUACUUCAGAGGUCUCAAAUCACUUCUCAGUCAUGAUAAAGAAUUCAUUGGACAGACAGGCGGGUAUUUCUGUGGCCAUUAGUGUGACUCCAAGAUGGUAUGUUGCCACUCUAGUGACAGGGUCAAGGAUGUCAGAUUGGCUGUAGGUGAACAGCCAGCAGUCAUGGUCCAUAUUGGCAACAAUGACUUGGGUAGGAAGGUGGAUGUUGUCCUGCAAUCAGAAUUUCAAGAGCUAGAUAGAACAUUAGUAAGAAGGAUUUCAAAUGAAGUAAUCUCCAGAAUGCCACUCGCAAGUGAUUACUCACAGAGAAGGAUAAAACAGACCAACACAAGGCUGGAAAAAUGGUGCAGGAAGGAGGGUUUGAGAUUCAAGUUCCAGGACAGAUGAUACCUGUACAAGCUGAACGAGUUGUACCUGAACAGAACUGGGGCUGAGUUACUUGUAGUGUGUUUUGUUAGUGCUAUUGGGAAGACUUUAAUGUGGCAGGGAUGUGGGCACCAAGGGAGUAAAUAGAGGAGAAGCCCAGGGUUCACAAAAUACUCCAAUAUGCAACUGGCACAAGCAUAGACCAUAGCAAGUUACAAGGUGAAGUCAGAGUGUUACGACCAGACCAAGCCCCCCCUCAAAAAAAAAUAUUUUGCAAAGAUAGCCUGGACUCUAAUUUUUUCCUAUUUUAAAGGCAAAUGUAAAGUGCUGUGUUUCAGAUGAAAUUUGAUUUAUUAAAUUACAUGACAUUAAGCAAAACACAACUUAUUCAAACACUGUAGUUAAAAUACAACAAAAGAAAGAAGCACUUAGAAUAAUUUAACUCUAUUGGAAAACUUAACAGAACAAUAGAUACAGUAACUAUUACUCUUAACUGUUCUAAUGUAGUAACAUCCCAUAAGUACAUCCCUUGGCAAAAUUGAUCCAGCAUCCUGGGAAGAGAUCCAGAAUGUACUACUCCCUGUAGUUGAGACUGCAGUACUGGUAAGUAUGGCAUUCCACUCAUCACAUCUCGCUUACCCAAAAUUGAGUUAUUUGCAUCUAUUACCUGUUUUCUAUUUGCUACCAAUCUUCUAUCCAUGCUAUUAUGUUACCCUACUUCAACAACUCUUCACGUAGUAACUUGUAGAAUGACACCUUGUAUAUUGCUUUCUGGAAAUCUAAUUACAGUAGAUCUGUAUGUUCUCCAAUAUCAACAUGGCUUAUUAUUUACUCGAAAAAGCAAGCAUAAUUUCCUUUUCCGAGAGCAAUGUUAACUCUGCCUGGUAGCAUCACAGUUUUCUAAGUGCACUGUUACUAUCUUUGAGAUAUCACUAUUUUUCUGUUCUUUUUCUCAUUUUUUGAUUAGGAACUGUGAGUUACAGUUGAGUUUUGAGCUUUGAACAGCAGCUUGUUUUUAAAAAAGAGUAGAAAGCAAAAGAUGGAUACAUGCUGUUGGGAACAAACCUGGAAAGAUAAUGCAGGCGAAUUACUGCUCUGAACAUACUGUAGACUAUUCAGCAACAGGAUUUUGUCCUGUUCAGGGACUAGUUUCUGUUGGAUGUUGAAUUGGUCAAUCAAGGAAGGAAUGGUGCUGGCCAGCUAACCACAGAGAAUAUUGAUAAAGAAAGAGAAAAUAAAGAGUGAACUGGGUCCAACUGUGGUUUGGGUAGGAAGCAAUUUUGCUUUGGAAGCUUCCGGACGGAGACUGUGUUUUUGGUUUUUCUCUCGCUAGUUAUUCUCCAGUUAUCAAAUUGUUGAAAGUUCUGCAAGAAGUAAGCAAGUCUCCUCCAAUCUGCGAAGCUGUUUGCAUUGAUCAAUGACUUCAGAGUUCAAGCAAGAUAUACAGUCCCACGUGCCUGUAAUGCAACCCAUCAUCCAAGGAUUUCACGAAGAUUCUGCCAGACCCGCUAAGUUUUUCCCAGCAACUUCUCUUUUGAACCCAAAAUAUUGUUGCUGGGGUGAGAUGAGGAGGAUAGGAACUGCGUCAGGUGGAUGGACUGAAUGGUCACCUCAUCCUCGUGUCCAGGAGCAGCAGGGAUUGAAUGGGUUAACGCCUGCGCGGUGGCCCCAGCACGCAUGCGCAGUAGCAGGACCCCGGCAGUCGGGGAGUGAAGGCGGUGUGUGGGCGCCAUCUUGGAGCUGUAUUCUGUCUGUAGGAGGCCGGACCGAGUUGGCUGCUAUGGACGAUGACAGCGAGACUUGUGUGCCUGUUGCUGAGGGUGACCUCCGCAGGAUCACCGAGCUCCGGGUGGUAGAUUUGAAGACGGAGUUGAGGAAGCGAAACCUCGAUAUUAACGGCAACAAAAGCGUCCUGAUGGAGCGGCUGCGGCAGGUGAUCCAAGAGGAAGGAGGAAAUCCUGAUGAAAUUUUGAUCAGCCCAGAGACUCCAAACAACAGAACGUCAAAGAAGAUCAGUAAAGGAUACCGAGUUGAGGAUUGUGAAACCGAAGAAUGUUCAGAAGAGGAUCUUGGUGGAAAGCAGGAGGAUAUAGAGGCAUUUUCUGACCAUAUACGGGAUGUUGAAGAAAUGAACAUGCCUGAGUCAAAACAUGCUGACCAUACAGGUGCAGGUGAUGAUGUGGACAAGGCUUUCAAGCAAAUGCCAGGCACAACUUCAAUUCAGAAAGAAUCUAAAGCAGUACUAGAAGAAUCAGAAAAGGAGAAUGUAGCUGAGAAUUCGGGGGAAGCUUAUAGUUCAGUUCCCACAGAGGAGAAGCCCCCUGAAGAUCCACAGCUAUUGAUGCAAUAUAUGAUUGAUAUGGAUGCCUAUCAGAAAGAAGAGGAAAAUACAACCCUAACGAAGGGGCAAGUGGAGGACAAUGCGUUGGACGUAGAUAGUAUGAUGCAUGUGGAAGGACCCAAGAAGGAGGACUAUAAACAGCCAGCCAAGGAAAUGUUGGACACUGAGAAGAUGGAUAAAACUGAAAGUAUGAGCAAGAUGGAAAGUUGCCAGCAGGUGUGUGAGACUGGACAGUCAGAGGCUGAGCAUCCUGUGAAAGAACCACAGCCUGGACCCAUGGAAUGCAAAGACAGUGCAAUGAAACCAGAAGAUGAAGGUUCUGACAAAGCAGCUAAGAAAGAACCUUCGAUUGUAGAGGGCAGUGAUCAGAAGAGCUCUGAGGAUGCAAACGAUUCUAAGAAUGUGGCAAAUCAAGAGAAAGGAAGAGCAAUGGACAUUCCAAAGAAUCUUUGGGUGAGUGGCCUGUCCUCCACGACAAGAGCAACUGACUUGAAGAACCUCUUCAGUAAAUAUGGCAAGGUGAUUUGUGCCAAAGUAGUAACUGAUGCUCGUAAUCCUGGUGCUCGCUGCUAUGGAUUCAUAACGAUGUUGACACCGGAAGAGGCAACAGAAAGCAUCAAUGCCCUGAAUCAGUCUGAACUAAAUGGACAAACUAUCACUGUAGAACUGGCCAAAAGUGAACCUGGAUGUAAGAAACGUACAGAGCAGAAGGUGGGAAAUGUGAAGAAAGUCUCCAGACAAAGUUCCAGCCGAAGAAGUGAGAAUGAUGGAGAUCAGUCAAGAGAUAAGUCAUCUAUCAAUGGCAAAAAAGAUGAUAGAAAAGGCAGCCAAGGAGAUUCCACGAAACAGGAUGAUGAUAGAAGAAAAGACAGAACGAGAGAAGGGAAUGCUGGUGGACACAGAUCACACUCAAGAAGUCGAAGUUCAGUGAGGCGAAGAGAGCGAGAAAGGAGGAGGACAAGGUCCAGGAGUCGACAUAGGCGGUCUCGCAGCAGAGAUGGAGGAAGGGAUUACAUAUCCUUUGACAAACUGAUUGCAUUGAGAGAACGAGAUCGCCGUUGGGACUACAAGAGAGACGACUGGGAAGUUGACAGGCACAGCGGAGGGCGUGAGAUGUCCAUGCGAGAAAGCCGACGGGAGCGGGAAGGGAGAGAAAUGCUGGCGAGGGAACGAGUCCGACUGCAGAUUGAGAGGAUGCGUCUUGAAAGAGAGAGACUGGAACGAGAGGCACUGGAAAGAGAGAGACUGUUCAUUGAAGGGGAGAGGAGGCGAGAACAGGAACGAAUACGUCGCGAGAAGGAAGAGCUGUGUCGUGAGAUACGCUAUGAACAAAGUCUGAAAAGGCGUUAUGAUGAUAGCCCCUUGAACCGAGAUUGGAACACUGAUCGCAGCCGGAAGAUGGAUGGAUUUCAAGAUCGAUCCUGGCAAGGAAGCAUUGAUAGUGGACUGAUGUCAAGGGAUCAUUGGCAAAGUGGCGAUCGGGGCAUGUCUGGUCCAUCUGGGACAGGUUACAAUAUGCAGAGAGGAGGUGGAGGAGGAAUGCAAAAUCAAGGAAGCUACAUGCAAGGAGGUUACCAGCAAGGCUCCAUGGCAUUUGAUAACCGCUCAAGUCAGAUGAUGUCAGGACUAAACAUGUCAGGAGGAAACACUUCUGGAGGUUACCAGCGUCCCUACUAAAAUGUUUCAAUAUCUUCAUAUGAAGGAAAUUUUUUUUUCCAGAUUCUGUAGUCACCUUUCUGUUUGCUUUGAAGUAUUUAAACUGAAUGUUUCAAUGUGACCAGUUCUCAUUUUGUAAUUAAUUUUCUUAAAUGUGCUUGUUUUGACAAAGAAUCAAUAAAUCUUGUCUUUUUGUCUUUUUCUAUGA